CGACAGCAGACGGACGGGCGGACGACUGAUCGUCUCGUCGCGUCGAGCCUUUUUACCUUGACCACUCACCGGUACUCUCGCUCGUCGCCGCCACCCCAUUCACCCGGCCAUUCCCCACCCGGGAGCAUGGCCCCGGUAGCGGCACUCGCCCGCGCCACCGCCUUCGCGGGGCCCCUUUUCCUCCGGGUCCGCCGCCUCGCGCCGUGCGCCGCUGCGCCCCGUCGCAAUAGCCUCUUCUCCGGCCUCCACACCGCCGACGAGCCCCCUCCGCCCGCGCAGCCGCCAGCGUCCGGAAAGGGAGCGGAGCCAGGCCCCCCGCUGCCGUGGAGGGCCGCGGAGGCGGAGAUUGUCCGCGACAUCGAGCCCGUCGUGCAGCUCAUCAAGGAUAUCCUCCACUCCGACAGGUAUGCAGAUGGUGAGUGUCUUACCUCAAAGGAUGAAAACAUUAUCAUUGAGAAGCUUCUUGCUUACCAUCCACGUGUAGAUGAUAAGAUUGGUUGUGGACUUGAUGCUAUAAUGGUUGAUAGGCACCCACAGUUCAGAAAGUCAAGAUGCCUAUUUGUUGUUCGCACGGAUGGUGUAUGGAUUGAUUUUUCAUACCAAAAGUGCCUCCGUGCAUACAUUCGAGAAAAAUAUCCAUCACAUGCAGAAAGAUUUAUAAGAGAACAUUUCAAGCGAACCUGAAGCAGAAAUGAAAAGACAGCUGGAAAAUUCAAGUGACGAAGAAGAACAUAUUAUUAUUCCUGCAAUGAAUUUAUAAGAUCCAAAACAGUUUCAAAUUAGGCCUAGUGUUUGAUUAUUAUGUCUGAAUAUUAAGCUACUGCAAGAAACAUAAUCUACCAUUAACAAGGGAUGGCAUCUCAAGUUCCACGGGCAUUGGCAUCGACAACACGCGCUUAAAAUGGAGUUCGGUCUCCCCACCCUGUUUUGCACUUGACAUCAAUGACAUGGGAGGCCAAGCUCGAGCUCAAGCACAAAAACAGACGACCAGGCUUGAGGUAGACCUAUGACUCUGACAGAGGUUGAGGUUGAGGACUGUAGCACUUGCUUAACUUUCAUGAUAUGGAGAAGAGAGGAAGGAGCUGGAGGUGAACAUCCGCGUUGUCUCUCACACAGUCUGGAAAUUCUAGAAAAAAAAAAAGGAAAAGACCAAUCGGACAGAUCAGGAUGCACGAAUAUUUUUUGUAAGAGAAAAGAUCAGGUCAAUCGUUUGAAAAGAUAAGG